UGUCAGUCCGGUUGUGGCGCGCACUCUGCGCGGGCUUGCGCUGUCACUUUUCCCGCCCUUCCGAAUUCGAAAUUUAAUUUGUGUUGUUCGAAGGAGUUUCUCGCUGUUUAUGAUACUUGGGAAGCAGAAGUGUGGAGUAGAAAUUAGGAAGUUGCUGAAUGAUCUCUGAUACAUAGAGAACGAUGGCGAGAAUACUGAAAAACAGUUCCGUUAGAAGGCGAUUGUUCGCUGAGGCCGAUGACGUCACAGACCAAGCCAAGAACGACAACCUCUCCAACCUGCUGCAAGAGUCCAUAGCAGCUGACGUCGAAGAGAAAAAGAAAAAGUGGAACUUUGACUUCGAAAACGAGGAACCUCUAGAAGGCGUGUACGAGUGGUACAAAACUGACACAAAAUACGACUGGAUCGGUGUCAAAACAGUGGUCAAAGAAGAUUCUUGCUACAUCAAGAAGAGAGAGAAUGAGUACACACCGACAGCGAAAGAACAGACGCAGCAGAUAGCUAGAGUUUUAAAGAAGAGAAAAUUGAAUUCCGAAGUAGAGUCAGCUAAGAGUAUAAGGAGGAAAAUUACUUUCGAUUAAUUUUAAUAUCAGACCAACUAUAUUUUUUGGAUAUUGAGAAAUAUGAUAAACCUAAAAAAAUUAAAAAAUCCAAUCCAUAAAAUAAAAAUCACUUUAUAAAUAAUAAUCAAAUUAUAGUAUUAAAGUACUCUACAUGGAAAAUUAAGAAGGUAUUGUUUACAAAAAAGGAGAAAAAAGUCAUGAACACAAGCUAUUAAGCGUAAUAUUUUCAGAUUUUUUUCUGAAAAUGUAGUCUUCAACGUGCCACGUUUACUAAAUUACUUUAAUUUAUUAUUCAAUCUAGAUUUACAUUAAUUUUAUAAUCAUAUUUUAGUUUUAGAUUUAACUGUUUAGGUAAUAAUUUGAUAUUCGUCUAU